AUGUUCUCCGGCUGUAUACUCAGUGGAUUCUGGUUAGACAGUCAUAUAUCAGAAGGAGACACAGUCCAUAUCCUCGCAGAUUUUACAGACAAUGUUUGUCACAUCACUGACCAGUCUGGAUUGCUUAUUAUAAAUCCAGACCUUCUUCUGUCAGGAACUACAGUUGUAUCCAGUGUAUUUUGUAUGAGAAAAUCAAUACUGAAGGAAAAGUUUAAGGGUUGUGACAGUAGAAAUAUACAGAUGCUUUAUGGAAGUAUUAUUCAUGCUGUCUUUCAACAGGUGUUAAAGAAAAAGUUGAGCACAGCAGAAAGUAUUAUACAAGAAUCAACCACCAUUGUCAAACAACUUAGUAAUCUUCUAGAAAUGUAUGCUAAUCAAGUAACAGAGGAGAAGGUUAUGGAGGAGAUAAAGAAUUACAUACCUCAAAUGAUCUCAUGGCUCACACAAUAUACUAGAUUUGGGAGUAGCUUCACUGCCAAAAAACAGAGUGACUCAGACAUACUUGUAACCAAAGUUUGUGAUAUAGAAGAAAACAUGUGGUCUCCAAGAUUUGGUAUUAAAGGAAAGAUUGAUCUCACAGUUGAAGUUAAAAUUAAAAACGAGCCAGGUACAACCAUGCUGCCAUUAGAAUUGAAGACUGGUAGAACUUCCUACUCUGUGGAACAUAAAGGCCAGGUGACCCUUUACUCUAUGAUGUGUGGAGAUCGGAGAAAAGAUCCAAAGAAAGGCAUGCUGCUGUAUCUAAAAGAACCCAGUAUGAAAAUUAUACCUGCUGAUCACUUACACCAAAAAGGUCUGAUUCAGUUGCGUAAUGAAAUGGCGUAUUACAUAUCUAGACAAGUGAUAAAAUCAACAGAAGACAGUGAGCCGAAAACAUUUACUCUUGGCAGGUUGCCAGAUCCCAUUUCAAAUAUCCGAGCCUGUCAGAAAUGUCCUCAACUAAUAAAUUGCUCCAUUUAUCAGAGAAAAGUAGAAGGAAGACAAAGUGAUUCUAGUGGAAUGUCGGGAUUGGUUGAUGAAACUUUGGGACAUUUAACUUCGGAUCACAUGACAUAUUUCAUCCAAUGGUGUCUCAUGUUAGAUUUAGAAUCUCAACUUGGCCAAUCAAAGAAGACGUUAGCAGAUAUAUGGUGCAAAAGCUCGGUAAAACGGUAUGACUUUUUAAGUAAAAAUACAUAUAGGAUUAUUUCUUACAUGCAUUCUUCCAUAAAAAAUGUUUAAGUUUUUGUUCAUCAGAUUGAAUUUUAAUGAAAAAAUCUGUAAUGUUAUAGGCUGGUCCUGCGAUACAGGAAUAUAUUUUGAUAUGAACACUACUUGGGGAAACUAUAUUAAACAAGCACCCUGGCAAAUUUAAU